AUGUGCAAACCCCCUAGCCGAGAAGUUUUUCCUUUUGGUUUAGUCGCAGCCGGGCGGUCGACGCGGGUUAACUCAAUUUUUGCACUCAGCUGCCUGGCGUCGUCGUGUGAAUUAUCGAGUUCUGUGCGAGUGAUAUAAUCGCCGCGAUGUGGUUCCUGCUGGCGCUGCUGGCCGUCCUGUGCUUGGCGUGGACGAUCUACCGGAAGUUCGCCAGAACUUUGGAGGUUUCCGGCCAAUACUCGGGACCACCGGCGCUUCCGAUCCUGGGCAAUGGGCUGUGGUUCCUCAACAAGCAGCCCGAUGAAUUUUUACCGAUCAUUCAACAACUAACCGACAAAUUCGGGGAUCUAUUUCGUUUUUGGCAGGGUCCUGAAUUCACAUUGUACGUAGCUAGACCAUCCAUGAUUGAGACCAUCCUAACCAACAAGCACUUGACGGACAAAUCCGGUGAGUACGGCUAUCUCUCCAACUGGCUUGGAGAUGGCUUACUGCUCAGCAAACGAAACAAAUGGCACGCUCGAAGGAAAGCCAUCACUCCAGCUUUCCACUUCAAAAUCCUCGAACAGUUCGUGGACGUGUUCGACCGAAAUGCGACCGAACUGGUGGACAUUUUGGGGAAAUAUGCCGACAGCGGUAAAUCUUUCGACAUGUUCCCCUACGUGCUGCUGUAUGCUCUGGAUGUGAUCUGUGAAAGCGCCAUGGGAACAUCGGUGAACGCUCUCCGGAACGCCGACUCCGAAUACGUACGGGCAGUCAAGGAAGCAGCCAACGUAUCGAUCCGAAGAAUGUUUGACUUCAUUCGGCGAACUCCUCUGUUCUACCUAACUCCGAGCUACCAAAGACUGAGGAGAUCCCUGAAAGUCCUCCAUGGCUACACGGAUAACGUGAUUAGAUCUCGCCGGAUGCAGCUCAAGAAUAAAACAGACGAAGCGCGUACCGUCUCCGAUGAAUUUGGAACCAAGCGAAAGGACGCCUUCCUUGACAUGCUACUGCAGACGAGCAUCAACGGAAAACCGCUGACCGAUCUGGAAAUCCGAGAGGAGGUUGAUACCUUCAUGUUCGAAGGGCACGACACCACUACCUCGGCGGUGGUCUUCACGUUGUUCAAUCUAGCCAAGCAUCCGGAAGUGCAGCAGAAGGUUUACGAUGAGAUAGUGUCGGUAAUCGGGAAGGAUCUCAAAAAACCUAUUGAGCUUUCUGAUCUACACGACCUGUCCUACCUGGAGAUGGCGAUCAAGGAAACACUUCGGCUGUAUCCAUCGGUGCCGUUGAUCGGUCGGAGGUGUGUGGAGGAGAUCACUAUCGAAGGGAAAACAAUUCCGGCUGGAGCGAACAUCAUCGUCGGAGUGUUCUUCAUGGGACGGGACCCGAACUAUUUCGAAAGACCGCUGGAGUUCAUUCCGGAUCGGUUUGCAGGGGAGAAAUCGGUGGAGAAGUUCAACCCGUACAAAUACAUCCCGUUCAGUGCUGGUCCACGGAACUGUAUUGGCCAAAAAUUCGCUCUCAACGAGAUGAAAAGUGUGAUAUCGAAACUUUUGCGCCACUACGAGUUCAUCCUGCCGGCCGGCAGUACCGCCGAGCCUCUGCUUGCAUCUGAGUUGAUUCUGAAACCGCACCACGGAGUCCCGCUGCAGAUCAGGCACCGAGGCCACUAGCAUUACUCUUCCCGCCAAAUGGCUACUUUGUGUGUAUAUUAGUAGUUAGAAUAUGAACCUUAUGUUGAUACGAUUAUGUGAUCCGAUGAUAUCAAUCUGUGACAGAUGUGACAGAUCCAAAUAAAAGCGAAAAUGUUCAAAUCUAACAGUCACCGA